CAUUGCGCGGCUUGCGCUAGGGGCUGAGUGUACGUCGCGUAGGUCCAGCUGCUUAAAAAGAAACCAGCGUUUUGAAGCCGCCUUAGGCGGUUCAAUGUUCUGAGCACCUCCUCCGAAUAGCCCGCUGGGGGCGGUCACCCUUUCUGGGGCGGGGAAGCUGAUUUCUACCGCUCACCCCGCUGAAAGCAAGCAACCGCGGUCCGGACAGGUCCGUACGCAGGAGCCUCGUCUACAUUAGGGCACCCGCUGGUUGAACUGAACUAGUCAUCGCUGCUUCGAGGCAGUCUCCCGGGGGCAUUGCCCCAGAGCAAGGCAAGCUCCGAGCCAAAGGCUGGUGCUGAAGCCAAACAAAAGCAAAAGGGGCUGCUGGAGGACCGCUGGGUGUUCACAGUGUAAGAGAGACAAGACAAAUACCCUCCCAGAGACAGCCAAGAAGACCUAAUGAUAAUCAUGAAAAGGCUAUUGCAGAAAAUGGCCAGAAGCGAUAAUCCAGAAAUAGCCCUGGCAGUAAGAUGCCUGCGGAUUCCGCAAGCUCUCUGAAAGCAAGACCUCCUUCAUGUCGCUGGACAUAGAGGUGCCCAGCUGGGUUUUGAAUGUGAACAUAAUGCAACCAAAAUGACCGUACACUCUACCGGGGUCGGGUGUAAUAACGUUGCUGCUUGUGUGCGCACACAGCUCCAAAGAAGAACGCUUAUUGGCCUUGACACGCCUUUGGGGUAGGGGGCGGGAUGUAAAGAUUUGUCCGGUUUAAAACCAGCUCUGCUAGGCUCGGUUUUGCGGGUUAGUUCCGCGCUGGCGCUGUGAGGAAAGCUCUGCACUGAGCAUUAACGCUGUACUCAUGUGGACGCUGGAUUUCCUUCCCCAAAACGGCGCAUGCUGGAUUUUACUUUGUUUCCGGGUGCAAUUUAAGACUAUAAAGAGAGUGAGGCUGCAAGAGCUCAGAAAUCACCUUUCUUCUGCCUGGGGGUUACUGCGAUAGCAGAGAUCAUCAGACAUAUGGUGAGACUCAAAGUGCAAUCUAGGGACCAGAUCACCCUCGCCUAUUGAAAGAGCCACAGGACAUGGUAAACACGCAGCACCUCUGAAAAAUCAGGAAAGUGUCUACUUUGCUGUAGUGCUGCUUUCAGUGACGCUGGGGGAGAAGGAAGGAGGGGUAACCUCCUAGCAAACAGCUGUUGCAGCUGUGACCAGAGAGGGAGAGAGACAGACGCAGCAGUGACCCAUCUCCGCACCAACUAGUAACUCUUGAGCAAAGAUGGUGAAACAAAGGCACAGUGAGUCUGUGCGACAGAUGUAGGAAUAGAACAGCUAUCUCCAGACGUCCCGUCCUGUGCUUUAUCCAGUAGCCCAUGCUCUAUCUCUAAGAAUGCUGCAGGAUUAGGCAAGCCAAUGUAAAUGUGGAGGGAUUCCUGCUAUGACACCAAAAAAGCUGUACAAUGAACACUUAUCUCUUCAUCUAUUAUUUAAUCCAAUUCUGUGGACACUCCUGGAUAUUUACAAAUAUGAUCAUCAGGUUCUUGUCAUUUGGGAAAGAUUCUUUGGCUGAUACCUUCUAUUCUAUAGGACUCGUAAUGCGCCUGUGUCAGUCGUUGUCCAUAUUAGAGCUCCUGCACAUUCUAGUUGGCAUUGAAGAAAACCGUUUUCUCCCAAGGUUUUUACAGAUAACUGAAAGAAUCAUCAUUUUAUUUGUUGUCAUCACCAGUCAAGAAGAAGUUCAAGGGAAAUAUAUUGUGUGCGUUUUAUUUUUCCUUUGGAAUUUACUGGAUGUGGUCAGAUACACUUACUGCAUGUUAUCAGUGUCAGGAACAUACUAUGGAGCUUUGACAUGGCUGAACUACACACUAUGGAUUCCAGUAUAUCCCCUGUCAAUUCUGGCUAAAGCAUUUGCCAUCUAUGAAUCACUUCCUUAUUUUGAAUCCUUCGGCACAUAUUCCAUCAAGCUACCAUUUCCAGUUGCCUUAUCGAUCUACUUCCCGUACAUACUAAAACUGUACCUGGCAAUGCUGUUUGUAGGUAUGUACUUCAGCACAACAUACCUCUGCUCAGAAAGGAAAGCUCAUCUAGGAGCCAGCUACAUCAAAGAGAAAAGGAGCUAAGUUGAUACCUUGUCGUGUAAUGAGGAAAAUGCUGUAGAACAUGCUAUGCUAACACAUUAUGUGGAAAUAAUUUAGACCAAGAUUUUCAGAAGUGCUUAGUGACCUUAUGCACCCAACUGGGAGUGCCUUAGAGGUUCCCAAUUUACAAGGGCAGGUGCUCCAUACUUUCUGAAAAUGAGUCCCUUUAAGGCAUCUCACAUUGGGCACUCAGACAUACGCACCUCAAAUCUCCCAUCACUUUUUAAAGUCUUGGCCUCAGAGGUUACUCUAUCUUUUUCUAACAUAAAAUGACAGGUUACAAAAUGUGACAAAAAUGUCAAUCAUAUCAGCAUUUCCUGUAUUUUAAUAAUGGGUUCCUGUCGCAGCAGUAGCAUGGAUUCUGCAUUUUAUAUCAGAGUAAAAUGUCAAUGGUAUUUUAUCAUCUCACCUGUUAGACUAUGUAACUCAGAUGUACGACUAUCAUAUUUGCUGGAACUGCAAUAGAUUAUGAAGCAGAAGCUGGUGGUUCUGCAUUUUGCCACAUUCACACAAAUACCAAUAGGUAAAACUGUUCACAGAAAACCCAUCCUCCUCCACUUCCCCCUCACCCAGCUUCUUAAAGUACAUGUAAGUGACAAAUGCAGUUACAGUGUCUAUUCACUACAAGUCCUAGAGGGCAUUUAACGUACAGAAGUAGAAGUCAUAAUUCUAAUAUAUUUCCAGUAGACACUAUUGAAGGAUCUGUUUUUCUUAACUGUGACAUCCAGAUUAUCUUGGAACUGAAGAAACCAGACAGACAGACACUCACUCUUUCUUAACUCAUUGAAGUGCGAUAUAGUCAGUCCAAGAAAUACUCUGCCUUUAAAAAUAAGAUAAUGGAUUGUAUAAACUGUGGGCCAAAUCCAGAUUGUCUCACACAUGAGAACUGUCCCACUGAUGUCAGUGAGGUUACUUAUGCAACAAAAGUAAUUAGGAUUUGGUCCUAUGAGGUGGGGAACUACUUAUAUGUGAAGAAGCAAGAAAAUAGGAUACGCUUUCCUGGGGGACAAAUUACUUCUCUGACUGCACAAGCUACUCCAAAAUAACCAUACCUUAACUUGUUCCCCACCACCCUUUGGGCUUGAAUAAAAGACAGGAAAAAUGAAGCGGAUUAAAGAGUGAAAUGAAAACACUUCGGGUCAUGAAAAUUCUCUUACCUAUUUAAGACUCUGAAAAAGUGAAACCUAAGUAUGCCUUUGUCUUAAGCCAACAUUUGACUAACCAAUGAGGGAAGGGCAUCCCAAAUUGAUGAUUUAGUAGCUCUAGGACAAGUCCACAGCCAGGCAGCUCAGCUGUACCUGUGCUACCACAGCUACACUGCUAUUUAUGCUGGAACUAGCUUGAGUACAUGUACAUGAAGAAAGGAAUCACACUCCUAGCUCGUACUGUAGACAUAGCCUUAGACAGGUAUAUUUGUACGUUACCUGGGAACAGUACACUAGAGUGGGUACCAUUAAACACUUUGCUUUUGCAUCCAGGUAUUAUUGUGGUGUGCAUGCUAACAUAUAGCACUUUUGGUCAGUAAAUCUCAAAGCGCUUUACAAAAGAGGUAACUAUUAUAGUAUUGCCUGUAUUUAGGAAAUAGAGCAAAUAUUGUUGUAAUGUUAUUUAGUUACAAAAGCAAAUGUGAUGUUUUUAACAAUGAUCAUACUGUCUGUUGAAGGAGGGAUUUAUGGGAUCUGGGCAGGGGAGAAUUCCCUCAGUGCAGGAUCUGAGGAAGACGGAGGACCCACUUAAGAAUCCUGGGGUAGCAGCUGUGCCUGGUGUGGGACGGGAGUAUCAGAGGCAGGGCUGCAGCAUGUUACCCAGCAGAGAUUCCAGACAGCACAGCUAGCUGGGGACAUGCUGCUGUAAUGCAGACAGCCCACCUGAGGCCACUUUAGCAGCCCAGAUUCACAAGGGCAGAAAAGGUGGGUCAAACUGAACUUAGUACACCCCUGCCAACCCAUUCCACAGGCUGGGAGCUCUGUGCUGCAUCUCUUAGAAGCACAGCCCAGAAUCUCACCUUAUAAAGCAUAUCCUGAAAGAGUAAAAUGAUGGUGGAUCUCUAACAUUUGUUGGAAAAUGCUGAUAUUUUCCAUUCUGUUCAUAGGGUAGUCUGGUCAAAAUUUUCAAACUCAAGUUGCUAAAGUAAGAUGCCUUAAGUCUAUGUUUCGGCACCCUAACAAGUGGCUUACUUUUCAGAUGAACUUUAGACACACUCCACCAAAUGAAGAGGGAGUUGAAGGUAUUGACUGCUUUUGAGAAUCAAGCCAUUCUUAUAUAGGAGCCUAAAUCUGAACUUAAGCCAACUUUUGGCAUUCAAAAAUGAAAUUGUUUGCUGAAGUUUGUUGGCGUAGAAAGUUACUGAUCCACAGACCUACUGUAGUUGCUGGUGCUGGCAAUUAGGUUUACCAUUUAAUUCACUGUUUUUACACUGAACCACACAUACAUGUAAAAUCCCACCACUAAUAUUGUAUUUCAAUUUGAUAAAUUCAUAUUUACUUAGUGAACAUUAUUUUUAAUCUGUGCAAUUUAUUUACUUAUUUUAAUUUUGAAUGA